AUGGCUUCAAGGCUACUGGAAACAGGAAGCACUCCAUUAAUUAGGAAUACUGCUGCUCAGCAAUUGGCGGAUGUACAGAAAUCACACCCCGAAGAACUUUUCAAUCUAUUAACAAGAGUUGUACCGUAUCUUCGUCAUAAGACUUGGGAUACACGAACAGCUGCUUCGAAAGCAUUAGCUGGAAUUGUUGAGAAUGCAGAAAAGUAUGACCCAAAUGGUGAGGACGAGUUGGCGAAAGAUGAAUCAAAAAUCGAAGAAUCUGGAAUCAAAAAGGAAGAAGCCGUAGAGCCAACACCACUUGCCGAAGGACAAUUAAGUCUUGAUACUCUCGACAUUGUAUCCAUUCUCAAAUAUGGUAAAGAACUUGUUCGUGGUGGAGAUAGAGGUCAUGAUUGGGCUUUAGCUUCUUUGGAUCCUGCUCAACGUCUUGCUCAUCAAAAGAAGACACUUGAUGGACGACUCGGUCUUCUUGGUCCAUAUUCCGAAGAAGAACUCGAAUACGCAGCUCCAACUAAUAACCAGAAUGGAUCCAACACCACACUGGCACGUGAGGAGUCGAAUGGUUUCUCACGACAAGAAAACAACAAAGGUACAUCUACACCCUCGGAAGAAAGUGGACUGAGUGCAAGACAACUGAAUCAACUGAAACGAAAGAGAAAAAGAGAAGCUAUGACUGCUGGUAGCAAAAGUAGGCUAGUGGAUCUUUCAGUACGACGUACAAAUACUUCAAACGAUGCAGAUACUUCCAUGCCGGAUGCUAGUGGUGAGGAUUCCAAAAAUCCUAUGGCGGAUUACUUCUCAACGGAAAGAAAUUCUGAAAUAGACGAGGAUUCCAAAGUCGUUUCAGAAUUCAAGGGACCAAUUAUGCCAAUCAAAUCCGAACUUGAGACCGAGGGCGAGCAAGAAGGAUCAGAGUGGCCUUAUGAACGUCUGUGUGAAUUCCUUGUGGUCGAUUUAUUCGAUCCUCAAUGGGAAACCAGACAUGGUGCUGCAAUGGGUUUGAGGGAUAUCAUACGUGUCCAUGGAGCCGGCGCUGGAAGACAACUAGGAAAGACUCGUAGCGAAAACAACUUACUCAAUCAACGUUGGCUUGAUGACUUAGCUUGUCGGUUGUGUUGCGUUUUUAUCUUGGAUCGUUUUGGGGAUUAUGUUUCAGAUACAGUUGUUGCACCGAUUCGAGAAACAAUUGGUCAGACUCUGGGUGCUUUACUCAUUCACCUUCCACCUCCAGUCGUUUAUUCCGUCCAUCACAUUUUGUAUCGUCUCGUUAUGCAAAAUGACAUUCAACUGGAUAAACCAGGCUGGGCUAUUUGUCAUGGUGGUAUGAUUGGUCUUCGUUACUUGGUGGCAGUUCGAAACGAUUUGUUACUGAAAGAUAACGAUUUGAUCGAUGGAGUCAUUCGUGCUGUGAUGAAAGGGUUAGGUGAUUGGGAUGACGACGUUCGUUCUGUUAGUGCAGCAACCCUAAUUCCAAUUGCUAAAGAGUUUGUCAACUUGAGACCUGAAGCACUUGAUGGUCUCAUCAAUAUUGUUUGGGAAUGUCUCUCAAAUCUUGGUGAUGAUUUGAGUGCUAGUACAGGGCAGAUCAUGGACUUGUUAGCCAAACUUUGCAGUUUCCCUGAAGUACUAGAGGCUAUGAAAAAGAAUGCUUCUCGAGAUGCUGAACAAUCUUUUGGACUUUUGGUACCAAGAUUGUACCCCUUUCUUCGACAUACCAUCACAUCCGUGCGCUCGGCAGUUCUUCGUGCUUUGUUGACAUUUGUCGGCAUUGAGGGUGAAGGGACUAGAGAUUGGAUGGAUGGAAGAAUUCUUCGAUUGAUCUAUCAAAAUAUUUUGGUUGAGAGAAAUCAAGAUACUUUAAAUUUAUCACUUCAAGUAUGGAAAGCACUGGUACAUUUCCUUGCAAGAGAUCCAGAACAGCUAUCCGCAGAAUUUGCACCACACAUCGAUCCUCUUAUGCAACUCACGUUACAUCCUAUUGGUGUAUCUCGACAUCCAUUACCCAUGAACGCCACACUUUUCCAAAGACCAUCCGGUAAUUCUUACUUACCUAGUGGUCCUACAAGUAACGCUCGUCCAAGCACACCUUCCGGUCCUGAGCCUCCGACGAAAAAGCGUCGAAAGGCUGCAAAGGUUGUUGAACCUACUCCUACAUCAUCAUCAUCACAUGACGUCGAUGGUCCCAUGAUGCAAGGUGAUGUGGAUCUGGUGGGUAUGGAUAUUUUGAUUAGAUCUCGUGCAUCAGCCGCAAAAGCCAUGGGUCUUAUUAUGUCACUCGUACCAGCUCCUGCUCUCGAUGCAUACGAUGCUAGUAUCACUCCAGGAAUGUCUUCGGCUUUCUCUUCCACCCAACUAACGACCUCAAUCAUCAUCGACGAAUACGCCAAAAAUUGUAUCUCAAAGACUCAUGCUUUACGUUUUGAACCAGCUCUUACAAAGAUUCUCGAAACUGAACGCCCUCUCACAUACAGAGAUUUAGUCAGCUACACACAUUUGGUUCGAACUCAAUGUUCACAACUCCUCAAUACCUUUCGCGAUGUUGGCAAAGUUUCUCAAGGACGUUUACCUGUACUUGCGGUUGUCGUAGCUGGUGAAGCCGAAGCUGGACCAGAUGCUUUCUCUAUUGUGACUGCUAAUAAAUGUGUUUCCGAGGAUUUCGAUCGAUUAAAGAAAAUGCUUUCUCCCGGUCAACGGAUGAUAGCGACUCAAGCUCUCACCGAAGCACGCGAAAAUGUAACCGAAGUCAUCAAUAACGCAAAGAGCAUUAAAGAGUUGAGAGAUACCCGUAUCAAGGCCGCUGCUGCAAGUGCUUUGGUCGCUAUGAAGGUUUCACCUAAGAAGCCAUCUCACAUCAUCAAGUCUAUGAUGGAUAGUGUCAAAAAAGAGGAAACUUUGGAAUUACAACAACGGUCUGCUUUCUCUAUCGCCCGACUUAUCGAAAUAUUCGCAGAAGGUGGUCGUACUGGACCGGCACAAAAGGUUGUAUCAAAUCUGGUUAAAUUCAUGUGUAUGGAAACUUCAGAGACACCAGAAUUCGCUCCAAAUGCUCCUCUCACAACUGCCAUUCUAUCAUUACGGAAAGAAGAAGAUCGUAAAGAUCAUCCAGAUGCAGCAAAAUUUGCACGAGAAGCCAAAGAAGCGAGAAUCACCAGAAGAGGUGCCAAGGAAGCCUUGGAACAACUUUCCACAAUAUUCGGAUCUGAAUUGUUAAACAAAGUCCCUACACUUAAAGGUUUAAUGGAACAACCACUACGACAUGCAUUUGGUGGUAUCCUUCCACGAGACUGUAUAGACCCCGCACAAUCCUCUGGACAAGAAGCUAUUGAUGGCAUGUCUGUAAUUCGUGCCUUGACACCCACGUUGGAUAAAUCAUUAUAUCCUUUUAUCAUGGAAUUACUUCCUCUUGUCGUUACAGCUCUUCACUCGGAAUUAUCAGUCUUCCGUUACAUGGCAGCUAAAUGUCUUGCAACGGUUUGCAGUGUUAUCACUGUAGAAGCUAUGACCUUACUUGUGGAGAAAGUUUUGCCUUCUAUCAGCAAUCCACUCGACCUCAACUUCCGUCAAGGUGUCAUUGAAUCGAUUUACCAUCUUAUCGCUGUCAUGGGUGAUAGUAUAUUACCAUAUGUCAUUUUCCUCAUCGUUCCUGUUCUUGGACGAAUGAGUGAUUCAGAUACUGAUGUACGAGUACUUGCUACAACUUCUUUCGCUACUCUGGUUAAACUUGUUCCACUUGAAGCAGGUAUCCCAGAUCCUCCUGGUUUAUCACAAGAAUUAUUACAAGGCAGAGAUCGUGAACGUACCUUUAUUGGUCAACUCUUGGAUCCUCAUAAAGUUGAGGAAUUCAAAAUUCCUGUCGCCAUCAAAGCGGAACUUCGUUCUUACCAACAAGAAGGUGUUAAUUGGCUCAACUUUUUGAACAAAUAUCAUCUCCAUGGAAUUCUGUGUGAUGAUAUGGGUCUUGGCAAAACAUUACAAACAUUAUGUAUUGUCGCAAGUGACCAUCAUCUUAGAGCUGAGGAAUUUGCCAAAACUGGAGCCCCAGAAUCUAGAAGAAUGCCAUCUCUCAUCAUAUGUCCUCCUACUCUUUCCGGUCAUUGGCAACAAGAAAUUAAAGCAUAUGCUCCUUUCCUAACAUGUACAGCUUAUGUUGGACCUCCACUCGAUCGAGCUCGUUUUAGAGAACAACUUGGUCAAACUGAUAUUGUCAUUACAUCAUACGAAAUUUGUCGCAAUGACAUUGAUGUUUUAUCACCUCUCAAUUGGAAUUAUUGUGUUCUAGAUGAAGGUCAUUUAAUCAAAAACCCUCGAGCUAAGACUACUGUCGCUGUCAAACGUCUACUUAGCAAUCAUCGACUCAUCCUUUCCGGCACACCAAUUCAAAACAAUGUACUGGAACUUUGGUCUCUCUUCGAUUUCCUCAUGCCAGGUUUCCUUGGAGCUGAGAAGGUUUUCUUGGAUCGUUUCGCCAAACCCAUUGCCGCUAGUCGUUAUAGUAAGUCUUCAUCAAAAGAACAAGAAGCUGGUGCUCUUGCUAUUGAAGCUUUACAUAAACAAGUUCUACCAUUCCUUUUACGCCGUCUUAAAGAAGAGGUUUUGGAUGAUCUACCACCUAAGAUCUUACAAAAUUACUACUGUGAUCUUAGUGAUUUACAGAAGAAACUUUUCGAGGAUUUCACCAAGAAAGAAGGCAAAACUCUGGCUGAAAAGGCAUCAUCUGGUGAUAAAGAAGCAAAACAACAUAUUUUCCAAGCUCUACAAUAUAUGCGCAAACUUUGCAAUUCUCCUGCACUUGUUAUGAAAGAAGGUCAUAAACAAUAUGAAGAUACUCAACGACUUCUUGCCAAACAAGGAACUAGUCUUCGAGAUCCUGUUCACGCACCAAAAUUAACGGCCUUGCGAGAUUUACUUGUUGAUUGUGGUAUUGGUACCGAACCUUCUUCCGAAAAUGAAAUUACCACCGAAACAUCUUUUGUCUCACCCCAUCGAGCUUUAGUCUUCUGUCAAAUGAAGGAAAUGUUAGAUAUGGUUCAAAAUGAUGUUCUUAAGAAGAUGUUACCUUCAGUACAAUUCUUGCGUAUGGAUGGAUCAGUUGAUGCUAAUAAACGUCAAGAUAUCGUCAAUAAAUUUAAUUCCGAUCCUUCAUAUGAUGUCUUACUUCUUACAACUAGUGUAGGAGGUUUGGGACUUAAUUUGACGGGUGCUGAUACGGUUAUUUUUGUGGAACAUGAUUGGAAUCCUCAAAAAGAUUUACAAGCUAUGGACAGAGCUCAUAGAAUUGGUCAAAAGAAGGUGGUUAAUGUUUAUCGAUUGAUUACUAGGGGUACUUUGGAGGAAAAGAUUCUGAGUCUUCAAAGAUUCAAAAUCGACGUAGCAUCCACAGUAGUCAAUCAACAAAAUGCGGGUCUGGGAACUAUGGAAACGGAUCAAAUCCUCGACCUCUUUAAUCUAGGUGAUACAUCAGAAGUUCCAUUAGCAGCAGAUAGUAGUGCUCAAGCCGAACGAGAAGAGGAUAUGGUUGAUGCAACUGGAGAAGUAAGGGAGAAAGGAAAGAAAGGUUGGCUGGAUGAUUUGGGAGAAUUGUGGGAUGGGAAGGAGUAUGAGGAAAGUUUCGAUUUAGAGGGAUUCUUGAAAACUAUGAAAUAG